GUCUGUGUAACUGCCAGUUAGGGAGAUGGUUCAAAUAUAGGAUAUCAGGAUUGAAAACUAAAGGACGGUAGCAUUACCCUGGGAAAGUUAAACGGAAAGUGUGCUACCCCAGGCGCUUAUAUAUGUCAGUAAUAUCAGCCCCUUUUACAAAGGAAUGUUGCGCCGUUAUUCGGCUGCGUCACGUAAAGUAGCUGCCAAGCUAGCUGCCAUGCGGAGCUAGCUGCCAUGCGGAGCUGACUGCCACUGUGGUUUUCGCUCUGCAGUUAAUGUUACGUGACGGAUGCCGCUCUGCCAGUGUCGGUAGUCGCACUCUCUGUCUGAUAAGGGGACUGAUAAGGUUUGGUGUAAAAAAAAAGCAGGUUCUCUGUAACUUAACUUUCAUUGGUCUCUCAAUUUUUCACAGCAAUUUGUGACUGCAAAAGUUCCUGUGGCUGCUGUCCGUAGUUGGUUAACUAAUCUUGCUCUAUUGUGGGUUGACCUGUUUCUAGCAGUCACAAAAGUGUAUCACUCUAUAUAAAAAUAAAGGCUUUGAUAUAACCAUAAGUCUGCAGAUAAAAUACAAUGCUAAUAACCAUAGUAAGUGGGGCUCAUGUGUGCUAAAUACAACAGGUAAUACAAAUAAAUAAAUAGGAGAAGCAGACAUUUGUCAGUUUUAGUAGCCUCAUCAACUGAAUAAAUUAGCCCCAGAAGUGAGGUUGAAGUCAUGCAAAUGUACAUUUUAUGUUUUGUUUUAAUUAAGCUCUUUAUGUGUUUUUUGUCUCAGAUCAAUGGACGAUUUUGUGUGUGACACGUUGACACAGUGGCAGUUGACAGACGUUAUUGAUAGAUUUAAAGACGAGGGAAUUGACGAGGAGAGUUUUCUUCUUUUAGACGAGGGGACCAUCAGCCAAUUGAUUCCAAAAGCUGGCCCCAGGCUUAAGUUCCUCAAAAAAUUUAGAGGACUUAUUGAACCUGCUGUGCCACCUACAAGUCCUGAUGUCCAACCAACUGCCACAACUCCACCCUCCAUGGAGGACCAAACGGCACCUGUCGUACCAGCGAUGAUACCUCAAACACUACAUAUAAUUCCACAAUUUGAUAUCCGCCAGAUUCUCACAGGCUCAACUGAAGGCAAGCUGAUCCUGGGGAGCCUUGAUGAGGAUGUGAUCAUCCCUUCGCAAAGAAAGUGCCUUGUCCGUAUUUUGGUGUCUCACCUCAUGGAGAAGUUUGGAGAGAGUCCUACCAGUGAGACAAAAAAGGCCUUGGCUGCAGCUUUGAUUCAUGGGUUUCCCUCCUUGAAGGACGAGUCGGACUCAAGCAGUGGCUUCGGAUACUGGUUCACCCCAGGACGGAACCGCCGCCCAGCCACUGGAUUCCUCGAAGAGAGGCUUCGGAACGUCAGAAAGAGGAUGAGAAAACCGGCCAGGUCACAGAGCACGCAGCAGACACCACCACAAAGUAGUGAAGCUAGCACUCGUAGGACAUUCAUACCAGAAUGUACCAUAUCGGAAGAAAGAGCCAUACAGUGUAAAGAAUGGCUGAAACACAAUUCGCAGCCCCUCAACCAGGUGGAGCAAUACAUGCAGGAUACAGCAGUGUACAGGGCCAAGUCUUUAAGGGAAAACGGGUGGGACAUUCAAGGGAUCCGCCAAGAGUUCCCACAUCUAUUCACUCCAGGCAUGAUUGCACAGGACUUUCAGAUCCUACAUGGAGAGGCUGCGCCUAAGCUCUUCGAAACCUGGCUACCUUUGUUUAAAGACAAGAUCCUGCACCUGGCGAGACGGGAAGGGAAACUUAUCUCGUCGCUUGAUGGAUUAACACCCGAUUGUUUGGGGGAACUUGCUCUGAGCCAGUUACCAACACUGCUUCCACCAACUGUCUACAGGGUUGGCCGAAAAGUGUUCCGGUACACUAUCGAGGAGUCUAAGUUGGCCUUCAUUGAUCAUAAGCCUGUUGGAACAAACUUGGUAGAGUACCUCCAUGAGGCGAAGGUGUCAAGACCUUACCCAUAUGUCCUGUCCCUGGGAAACGAUAUUUGGCACACCUCUCAGGCGUUCGUUAUUCUUGAUGGGGAGGCGUUGGAACAAAACACAUUGCUUCAGGCAGUAGAUGUCUGUUUCAAGGUAUUCUAUAUCUUUGACAUCGACUACACAAAGCAGUGUGAAGCUGUAUGGAAAUUCCUCCAAAAUGCAGUGUACGAAAUCAAGGGAGGAGAGGAGUCAAAACCUGCUACGUCCUUGCGUGCCGCAAUACUUGCUUGCAAGUAGACUUGUGGUCUUGAUCCUUUUAUUUUCUUCUGCUGGUCCUCCUGUUCUAUUCUCUCUCUUCUGCUGCUUGGCUCAGAGUAGGGUUCUAUCUGGUUAAAUUAAAUAUUGCUGGAUUUGUGAAGUGUGUGUGUGUUAUGUUCAAAAUACUACCUAAUGCUCAAAGUAUUUUAUGAGCAAGUUGUGUGCUAAAAAAAGAGCUAAAUGGUGGAAGCAUAAAUUGUUAAAAUGUUUAUUUGCACAUCUUAGUUUCCUGUAGUUCGGAUCACCUAAAGGAGCAGUACAUUGUUGUGAUCAUGUUGGAGGAUUUUCUUUGUAACGUUUACAUAGCCAGUAUAUGAACCAGUCAUUUCUGAAAAAACGUAUGUUGCUAUUAGUGGUUCUCAAACCAGAGCUUGUAGAUCUGCUAAUGUGUGUUGUUUACAGGCUGUACUGUACAUGCAUAAAUGUUAAGUUUUGUUUAAAGAAAGUUUUGCACUUUAUUGUGAACUGAAUAUGUUUGCACUUUAUUGAACUGUCAAUUGUUAUAACAAUAAAAUGAAUAUUUUUCUAAGAUUCCAA